AUGAAAACAAUGGAAAGGGAGGGUGCAGGCCGGAGAAGUAUAACAUAUAAAGGCCAUUUCCAGUGGCCAUCUAAAAGCAGCGUGUUAACAACACCGGAACGGAAGCGUUCAAGACGUUCUACGAGUUUCGCAGAUUCCGGUUUAGGAUCAUCAAUAUUCGGUUCACCUCCCUCAAAAUCAGUCAGUCUGUCGGAUACUGCUCCCACGUUAAGGACACCAACUAGGAAAAAGUCACCGAGUACGAAUUCACCUUCCUCACAAUCACCAUUAAAGUCUUUUCUCCAUGUAUCUGCGUUUAGUGAUGCCUUCUGUCCACCAGAGAAUUGUUCGCCUCCAUCGAAGUUUCGUCUAUCGGAUCCUGGCAAAGCUGUUGAAUACAGAUUUAGUGGGACAAGUGUACCGGAAAAUGAAAUACCUAUCAAUAUGGCGGACGAUGCACUAAGUGGAGCGAUACCGUCUACCUCCUUCAAAGACUCCUCUUUUCGGUCACCAGUUGAUGAUGAAAAUGAUGACAUCGUGGCAGACUCCGCUGUUUUAUAUGGAAUGGUGGAAACGCCCAGUAAAGGGUUUAAAAACGAAAUGAAUAUGGCUGCAAACUUCAUUGACGAUAACUUUUCGUUGCUUACGUCAGCUUCAUUGCAUAUCAGUUCAAAUGAUGACAUUUCAAGGAGUCAUGCUUUCGUUUCUUCACAUUAUACCAUUCCUGAACAAGCAAAUGGUCCGCUGGAAAGCAGUUUAUGUGAGCCAGUUGAUCAGUUCAGACUGCACAACGCUAGCUUCUUAUCUUCUGUAACAAGCACUGACACCGAGGCUACAGUUUUACCAGUAACGAGGAUAAGUCAAGUAGAGAAGGCAAGCAUAUCGCUACGAAGGAUUGAACAGUUCUACCCCAGGUUUAUAAGUAAUUCAUCAUCUGCAAAUUCAAAUCGGAUGUGUCUUCGUGAAACCAACUACAAUAACAGGCCAUUCAGACCACCAACAAAAGCGCUGAAAGUGAUAGAAAUGACUCGAAUGGCGAAAUUUUUCCUGGACGGUGGUCAGAUAAUUUUCCCACAAUGA